CUUAUUCAGAAGCAUACAUUAAACAAUGGAGAACUGAUGAAAUAGACCAAGCAUUGAUGGAUUCAGCGAGAGAGAAGUUCAAGAAACACAAGGCGCUCGUAAUCACCGGACCUAAGGGAAGUGGAAAGACCAAUUUUGCUGUGAAUCUUGUGUCCACUUGUUAUGAGGAGAAUCAAUGUGUAGUUCUUACAGAAACAAGUGAAUGGAAACACGUGAUCCUUGGUGAAGUCAGCGUUAUAAUUAUUGACGAAUUUGCAGGCAAAUUCAAAUAUAACGCCUCCACGGCUGAAGGAUGGCUAAAUAAGUUUGACCUGAUUUAUGCAGCUGUGGUCCAAGGAAAAGUGAAUGUGAUAGUAACAUGUGAAACAGGCCGCUUUAACAAGGUUUUAAAGGCCUGUUCUGGACAUGCUCUGCUGAACCACAGAAUCAAGAUGCCAGGUAGAGGUACUGGAAACAUAACUGUUAAGGAGGAACCCUUAUCUCCAGUUUCUGAUUCACCAGAUAUUCUCGAAAUGGACGAAGCAGCUGUCAUUUAUUCAAGGGAAGAUAAAAGAGAGGCUCCAGGGCGAAAUGUAAAAGAAAACUUGCCCGAAUAUAGGUUAAUCAGAGACACAAAACUUGAUAUAGGUAUGUUUGACUAUUGUGAAAUGCCAGAUGGGACGGUAGUCUGCAUUGGAUACUCUAAAGCCGAUGUUUUAAAAGACUAUAUAACAAAGCUUAAUUUGAGAAAUUGUACGACGGAGGGACCUGUUAACCUUGAUUAUCGUGCACGUUGUAUAUCCUUUACCGAAGGGCAGGAGAUUAUGAUCUUCUCGCAGGAAGAAAACAAGAUGCAGCAUGCGACCGUUAAUGACUCGGGCAUAGAACUUGGAGAAAUUAAAAACAUGCCGGUUUAUCAAGGCUGGAGCGGGGUGCGUGUACAUGGAGGGAAAUACAUUAUGUACACGAAUGUGUCUGUUGGUAUUUAUGACCAGACCUGGAAACGUAUUCGUGAAAUUACGCACGAUCGCGAUAAUAAUCCUUUAUUUUAUGACACCUUACCCUCUAGUGAAAGCAAACAAAGUAAAAACAAACAUAUUACAGAUAUUACAACAGGGGAAGAACUUUUCUUUGUCAGCUCAAAGGUGAAAAUUGUGGUAUGUAAUUAUGAUGGAGAUGUAACGCGGGUAUUUCGAUCUGAAUCAAAUGGCAUUGCCGUUUAUAGCGAGCAACUGCUACUCACAUGGUCAGAUCACAUAGUUUCAGUCUAUUCCGUUACAGGAGUAUUUAAAAAAAUGCUGCUUCAUGAAAACAAUAUACAAAAUUUGUUUUAUUUAAAAAAGAAUAAAAUGUUGUUCCUUAGAAAAUCCGAGAGAGAAAAAAUAUUUUGUAUUGAAGAUAGCUCUACUUGAAAUUGACAUGAUUUAUAAAUGGCAAAAAAUGUGAUAUCCUAACUAAUUACAAAAUCACUUUCCCCCGCCAGAAGUUAUGAUUUUCGUACAUAUGUAUUUACUACCGAUAAAAUUUAAGCAAUUAAAAUAUUAAGUUUGAAUGAGAGAUUUAUUCUGAUGCGCCUUGGGUUCAUAUUCAUCAACGUUUAAAGUAUAUAUUAUUAUUAUUAUAGUACAGUUACACCUUUCAUUUUGCACGAGUGAUUGUUAGAUAAGUAUAAACUACGAGGUCUUAAGUAUGCAGCUAUAGGUUGCUCAGAAAAGUUUUAUGGUACGAAUAUGUUAUAACAAUAAUUGCAUGUUGAAUGUUUCCGAGUUUCGUUCUUCGAACGUUGAUGCAUGCGUGACGGUGUCUAUUCGUAAGAAGUGUCUUAAUUUUUUUUACCCUGGCGAAAUUCAUCUUCGAAGUUGUGUUAUUGCAAAAGUAAUAAAUACAAAUGUUUUUCCUGGCGAGUAUAUCCUAAUUUUAUUCUCCAUUUAAAAAGAUACGAGUAUAAACAGCAGUUUGUGAAACUGGUAUACGCAUUAGGGUAUUUGGUAGAAAAAAAUCAAAAGGUACCUGAAAACCAGUACAGCAGACAUAAAAUGUCUUAUUUUCAAUGUGUACCAGUAUAAGAAAAUUUUACCUGUUCAAAUCAUGCAUAUCAGAUUUUCAUUUUUGCAGAGCCUUGCCUUUAGUUUUGCCAAAAUAUUAACAUCUUUGUAUCAAAACAUUACUUUUGAAAAGACGAUACUUUUAUAAGAUUUUGUCAAACAGCAAUUUGCAACAGUAGGCAUUUUCGAAACUUGAUGCUCUUUGGACAUCAGACUUUGUUUAAAGCUGUGCUAGUCCAAACAGUAGGCCUGUUUAUACGAUCAUUCAGACAUAAACCUUUACAAACAAUACUUCUUUUACUACUAGAAGGCCAAAUGUACUAAAACUCUUGCUUUUUGUUAGCUCACCUGUCACAAAGUGACAAGGUGAGCUUUUGUGAUCGCGCGGCGUCCGUCGUCCGUCCCUGCGUCCGUACACUUUUUGUUGUGACCACUCUAGAGGUCACAUUUUUUGUGGGAUCUUUAUGAAAGUUGGUCAGAAUGUUCAUCUUGAUGAUACCUAGGUCAAGUUCGGAACUGGGUCACGUGCCUUCAAAAACUAGGUCAGUAGAUCUAAAAAUAGAAAAACCUUGUGACCUCUCUAGAGGCCAUAUAUUUCACAAGAUCUUCAUGAAAAUUAGUGAGAAUGUUCACCUUGAUGAUAUCUAGGUCAAGUUCGAAACUGGGUUACGUGCCGUCAAAAACUAGGUCAGUAGGUCUAAAAAUAGAAAACCUUGUGACCUCUUUAGAGGCCAUAUAUUUCAUAAGAUCUUCAUGAAAAUUGGUCAGAACGUUCACCUUGAUGAUAUCUAGGUCAAGUUUGAAACUAGGUUACGUGCCAUUAAAAACUAGGUCAGUAGGUUAAAUAAUAGAAAAACCUUGUGACCUCUCUAAAGGCCAUAUUUUUCUGGGAUCUGUAUGAAUGUUGGUCUGAGUAUUCAUCUUAAUGAUAUCUAGGUCAAGUUUGAAACUGGGUCACGUGCAGUCAAAAACUAGGUCAGUAGGUCUAAAAAUAGAAAAACCUUGUGACCUCUAUAGAGGCCAUACUUGUGAAUGGAUCUUCAUAAAAGAUUGGUCAGAAUGUUUAUCUUGAUGAUAUCUAGGUCUAGUUCGAAAGUGGGUCAAGUGUCGUCAAAAAGUAGGUCAGUAGGUCAAAUAAUAGAAAAACCUUGUGACCUCUCUGAAGGUCAUAUUUUUCAUGGGAUCUGUAUGAAAGUUGGUCUGAAUGUUUAUCUUGAUGAUGUAUAGGUCAAGUUUGAAAUUGGGUCAACUGCGAUCAAAAACUAGGUCAGUAGGUCUUAAAAUAGAAAAACCUUGUGACCUCUCUAGAAGCCAUACACUUGAAUGGAUCUUCAUAAAAAUUGGACAGAAUGUUCACCUUGAUGAUAUCUAAGUCAGUUUUGAAACUGGGUCACGUGACUUUAAAAACUAGGUCAGUAGGUCAAAUAAUAAAAAAACCUUGUGACCUCUUUGGAGGCCAUACUUUUCAUGGGAUCUUUAUGAAAAUUGGUCUGAAUGUUCAUCUUGAUGAUAUCUAGUUCAAGUUUGAAACUGGGUCAACUGCGGUCAAAAACUAGGUCAGUAGGUGUAAAAUUAGAAAAAUAUUUUGGCCUCUCUAGAGGCCAUAUUUUUCAAUGGAUCUUCAUGAAAAUUGGUCAGAAUUUUUAUCUUGAUGAUAUCUAGGUCAAGUUCAAAACCGGGUCACAUGAGCGCAAAAACUAGGCCACUAUGUCAAAUAAUAGAAAAAAACGACGUCAUACUCAAAACUAGGUCAUGUGGGAAGAGGUGAGCGAUUCAGGACCAUCAUGGUCAUCUUGUUUAAUAUUGUUUUGUUUAAGUUAGAUUAAGAGUCGCAUCGAUAUAUUUCAAGUCAUAUGGCGGUAUUUCCAGCUUUGGUUGUGGAGAAAGACCCCGGGUAUACCUCCAAAUAUUGUUUCUGGCAUGGACGAGCACCUGGGUAGAACCAACAACUUACCGGAAGCUAGGUGGAUAUCUUCCUCACAUGAAGACGUCUACAUCACAAUCGAGGUUUUGAGCCCAUAUCGAUGAUUGUCAAGUGACCAUAACCACUUGGCAACGUAGGACCCCGACUGCAAAUUUGGUGGUUCUUUUUAGAAUACAAACAAAUUAAGUCGGUAUCUGAAGGAUUCUUGUUGCUAGGAAUAAAUAGGAAACAUUAUGGGAGAAAACUUUCCUGCAAUCCAAAUAGCUGUAGAUUAGUAUUUAGUUUAUUCUUUUUAACUUAUUUUUAACUUGUAUCAAACUUACACACGUUAUGACCAUGGGAUAAAAAAUCAUUAACCUGGAGUAAAAAGUGGCCACUUGUUUUACAUCUAGACAUACUGUAACGAAGUUCAAUUCCUUUGAAUAUGACGAUAUGCCUUGACACUUUCGAUUUGUAACAUUUAUAUAUCUAUAAUAAUUUAUAUGAAAACCCAGACUUUGAUAAUCUAUUGAAAAAUAAAUUCAAGAAAUCAGCUGCAACAUCAGAUGCUAUAGACGGAUGUGCAAUUGCGCACGAGUUGCAAAUACUUCGCGUAUUUUGUAUUGUUUGAACAUUUAUGGUUGUUUUACGUUGUUUUUUGUUGCUGGUUUUUUUUUCAGUAAAACAACCGAAAUUUCAGGUUUGGAUCAUUACAAUACAUCUUUUUAUUAGGUUAAGUGUGUAUUAUUCAAAUACGCUUGGCUGGUUUGGUAUUUGGACCAGUUGAAUAGAAAUAAGAAUACGUAUGAAGAUUUUGAAUUACUUAAUGAAAUUCGUAAAUAAAUUGUAUUUCAAACUGA